GCCCUCUUCGCUGUUGAAGCAAUGUAAAUCUCUACUGCUAAAACCCACUAAACUUUGUAAGGGAAGGGAAGGGUUUUCCUUCGACAAAACCCAGCCCCUUCACGACAUUGCCGUCUUCCUCCUCCUCCACACUCGGGACUUUGCUUAUUGAAAAUGGCGGCAACUGCUUCUACGGGCUUGCAAUUUACUGUUGCGAGGCCAUCCAUUUGUUCCGCUCGCAAAAUUUUCAAGGCUGGUGUUGCAAGUGUUGCAGCGGAUUCUAAGGGAACAUUAUGGACUAAGCUUGCUAGCACUUGCCAUAUAUCGUUUGUGCAACAUUUCCAGCGUAAUUUCAUGUCAUCUCCUGCAAAGUUUGAGAAGGUUGCUACAAAGGCUAUGUCUGAAUCUAGUGAAAGCAAGCUUGUAUCAGGAUUACCAAUUGAUUUGAAAGGUAAAAGGGCAUUUAUUGCUGGUGUAGCUGAUGAUAAUGGAUAUGGCUGGGCCAUUGCAAAAUCUCUGGCUGCGGCAGGUGCUGAAAUCCUCGUUGGCACAUGGGUUCCUGCCUUAAACAUAUUUGAAUCCAGCUUACGACGUGGAAAGUUUGAUGAAUCACGCGUUUUGCCAGAUGGUUCUUUGAUGGAGAUUAGCAAAAUAUAUCCCCUAGAUGCAGUCUUUGACAAUCCUGAUGAUGUACCUGAUGAUGUGAAGACAAACAAGCGUUAUGCUGGAUCAGCUAAUUGGACUGUUCAGGAAGUUGCAGAAGUAGUGAAGCAGGACUUUGGAAGCAUUGAUAUUCUUGUGCAUUCACUUGCUAAUGGACCAGAGGUCACUAAACCUCUGUUGGAGACAUCCAGGAAGGGAUAUCUUGCUGCUGUAUCUGCUUCAAGUUAUUCAUACGUUUCUUUACUGAAACAUUUUCUUCCUAUUAUGAAUGCAGGUGGGUCCUCAAUAUCUCUUACGUACAUUGCUUCUGAGAGGAUCAUUCCAGGUUAUGGAGGCGGCAUGAGUUCAGCCAAAGCAGCACUAGAGAGUGAUACAAAAGUUCUUGCUUUUGAAGCUGGAAGAAAGCAUAAGAUUAGGGUCAAUACAAUUUCUGCUGGUCCGUUGAGGAGCCGGGCUGCAAAGGCAAUUGGAUUCAUAGAUACAAUGAUCGAGUACUCAGUAGCCAAUGCCCCGCUGCAAAAGGAAUUAUCAGCAGAUGAGGUGGGGAACACCGCUGCAUUCCUGGCAUCGCCGCUAGCCUCUGCCAUCACCGGCGCUGUCAUCUACGUUGACAAUGGACUGAAUGCAAUGGGGGUGGGUGUCGAUAGUCCCAUAUUUAAGGACCUUGACAUUCCAAAGGACCGACCUUGAGGACAAGCAUUGGAGUUAAGAGGGGAGAGAGGCAUCAUCAUCCAUCAUCCAUCAUCAUCGGAAGAGCUUUCAAGUGUUCGUGUUUAAGUUAGUGGUAGUGUUUUCUAAUGGUUUGGGCGGCGAGCCCCCCAUUUUUGUCACCAUGGGAGAGAUUCAAUCUCUAUUAUUAUUUGAUAUGGAUAUAUAGUUGUGAUCAUCCAUCUGAUUGGAGGGUUGCAAUUUAGUUGCUCUGAUA